AUGAAAAAAUAUAGUGAUGAAAAAUUUAAAUUAGCAAUCGAUGCAGUUGCAAAUGGUGAUUCAAUACGUGCGGCAUCUGCAUAUUAUAAAGUUCCUUAUACUACUUUGAAUUCUCAUUCGAAUAAUCUUGUUUUGUAUCAUCAUGUUGGUCGACCACCGAAAUUUGAUAAGGAAGAAGAGCUUUGUCUGGAACAAGCAGCUUUAGCCUUACAGGUAAGGAUGCCUCUUAUUCUUUUUUAUGAUAUUUUUGACGUUUUUUUUAAUAAAAAGAGUUGGGGUGUAUCAUUAACAAUCAAUGAAUUUAUGAAUCUUGCAAAACAGUAUGCAUCAAGUGUAAAUAAAAGUGAUCUUUUCCCAUCAGGUGCACCUACUUGUGAUUGGUUUUAUUCAUUUUUACAAAGACAUCCAAAUCUUGUUUUAAAAAAGUCAAAACCAAUUACAAAAAAACGAGCAAAUCUAACUAUUGAACAAGUAAAUCAAUGGUUUGAUUUACUAUCGAAAAUUAUUCAAGAAAAUGAUCUGAUGCAUCGACCUGGUCAAAUAUUUAAUUGUGAUGAGAGUGGUUUGUCCGAUGGAAUUAGUUAUUCGAAGGUCAUUAUACAUCGUCAAUCAUCUUAUGCAUAUAGAAUACAGGGCGGAACCGGUGGUAAAUCAUACACCAGUGUUCUAUUCUGUGGUUCAGCAACUGGUGCACUUAUACCACCUUUCAUAAUUUAUAAAGGACGAAGGUUAUAUGAGGAAUGGUGGAUUGGUGGACCGCAAAAUGCUGCUUAUGGAAAUUCUGAAAACUUCAAAGGAGCUGCGCUAACAAGCUUUCUUCUUAGUAUUUUAAAAAUUGAAUAUACAAAAACAAAAUUUAAAAAUAUUGGUAAAUCACAAUUUCCACAAUUAUUAAAUAAAUUAUUUGAAACAAAAGCAAUUAAAAACAAAAACAACUUAAUUCAAUCAUUUAAACGAACAGGAAUAUUUCCAUUCGAUCCUAGUUCUGUUGAUGUUUCUCGUAUUUUAAAAAAUAAUAAAUCUACUCCUAAAUCUUCAACAAAUACUACUACUUUUUCAACAACUACUACUACACCUUCAACAACUACUACUACAUCUUCGACAACUACUACUACACCUUCGACAACUACCACUAAUGCAACCAAUAAUGAUUCAAUAAAUAAUUCAUCUACAUCUGUUAACUUCAUACCAACAAAUAAUAAUCAUCACUAUAAUGAUAAUGAUCCAUUUAAUGUCAAUAUGCCUCGUUCAUCUCAUAAUACUGAUAUUGUUCCAUCAUUUGCUUCAUAUCGUCAGGUAAUUUCUACUCUUGAAGAUGUUUUACAGAACUCAAUCAUUUCUUAUAGUAAUGGUAGUGAUGAUGAUAAUGAUGACGAUGAGGAUUAUGUACCACCUAAAUCUAUCUUGACUCCAUCAAUAACUAUAUCAUCAUCGAAGAAAACAUCUCAAUCUGAAAAUGAUCAAUUCACAUCGUCAAGAAAAAGCGAUAAACGAAAAAAAGUAUCAUGGGAUCUUAGUAGUACUGAUUCUACAGAUGAAGAUGAUGCAACAUCAAAUUUAUCUUCACCACCAUAUAAAUUCAAGAAGAUAUCAUUAGCUAAAACUGCUUCAUCAGUUUCAUCAAAUCGAAGCAGUCAACAACAACAAGUAUCUUCAGCAGUUAGUUCUUUUGAUUCACCAUAUGUAGAUGAUCAUACAGCACAAAAUCAAACAUCUGCAAAAUCUCAACAGGCAGUCAAGGCUAUUACAGAUACUUUACAAAUUGUAUUUGGCGCAUCAUCAAAACAAUCAUCAAAAAAAGCUAAACAACGAACAGUUCUUAAACAAUCAGGUGGACAAAUAAUGACAGAGAAGGAUGUUUUAGAACAAAUGAAAGCAGCUAAUGAUAAAAAACAAUCGAAACGAUCACGUUCUGCCAGUCAAAGAUCAAAUGCAACAAAAAGAAGCAAAAAUCAAGAAAAUGGUAGGUGA